AUGGAAUUAUUGUUGUAUCUGUUUGGGUUGGUGGGCUUCCUCUUUAUACAAUCUUUACAUGAUAUCAUAGUAGUUGCCGACACCUUUUCUUCUACGCAGUCACUCUGCAAUGAAGUUGAGAGGUCAGCGUUGUUGUGGUUUAAGGAAAGCAUUGUCGUUAACAACUGUGCAUCUCAUGAUCCUUAUUCUUUCCCAAAGGUUGCAUCAUGGAACCUUGAUGGAGUUAGUGGCGGGGAUUGCUGCUCAUGGGAUGGGAUAGAGUGUGAUAAGGACAGUGGUCAUGUCAUCGGCCUCGACCUCAGUAGUAGCUGUCUUUAUGGUUCUAUCAACACCAAUAGCAGCCUCUUCAGCCUUGUUCACCUCCAAAACCUUAAUAUGGCCUUUAAUGAUUUCAACAAUUCAAAUAUCCCAGUCGGGUUGGCCAAUCUUUCCAUGCUAAAACAUCUUAACCUCUCCAAUUCAUCAUUUUCUGGCCAAAUUCCAUCACAAAUUUCUGGACUGUCCAAUCUGGUUUCUCUUGAUCUAUCUUUCAAUAUUGAUUCAUCUUACCAAAGGUUGUUGAAACUCACAAGUCCCAAUUUCAGCAGCCUACUUCCAAACUUAACCCGCAUUGAAAAACUUCAUCUCAGUUAUGUUGACAUGUCAUCCACAGUUCCCUCAGUCUUAAACAACUUAUCUUCUUUGACCUCUCUCCAUCUUGAUGAUUGUGGAUUGCUUGGUGAAUUCCCACCAGGCAUUUUCCAGCUACCAAAUCUGAAGUUUCUUUCUGUGCAGGGCAACGAGUAUCUCACAGGCCAUUUGCCCAAUUUCGAACGGAACAGCACCCUUGAAGCUAUAAAUCUCGGAGAGACGAGUUACUCUGGCGAGUUACCAACUUCAAUUGGAAACCUCAAUUCCUUGAAUGAAUUGGAAAUCUGGAGCUGCAAUUUCUCUGGGCUUCUUCCAUUUUCACUUGGUAACAUUAGCCAUCUUAAGGUUCUUGAUCUUACAAACAACAGUUUUAGAGGCCAGGUCCCUUCUUCAUUGGAAAACCUUUCCCAAUUGACUUAUUUGUCACUUUGUCAAAACAAUUUCAGUGGCAGUAACUUUCCUAGGUUAGGUGAGUUGAACAAACUCAAGUAUUUGAUCAUUUGCAACUUCAAUUUAAAUAGUCAGAUUCCUUACCUUGCCAACUUGACCCAGCUUGAUUUUUUACGCCUUUCGUCCAAUCAAUUAACUGGUCAAAUCCCAUCUUGGCUUAUGAACCUUACCCAAUUGAUCCAUCUAGACCUUUCAUUUAAUAAGUUGCAUGGUCCUAUUCCAAGCUCAGUCAUUCAACUCAAAAAUCUUGAAUUUCUUCACCUUUUCCAGAAUCAUUUGAGUGGAACAGUGGAGCUGGACACGUUUGCUAAGCUCAAAAACUUAACUAAACUUCACCUAUCACUAAACCACAUAACAUUCCUCUCCAAAACCAGUCCCAACACUACAGUUCAAAAGUUCAAGCACAUAGGACUGGCUUCAUGCAACUUAAGCGAGUUUCCAGAUUUUCUUCGAGAACAAGAUGAGCUGGAGUUUGUAGACCUAGCUUACAAUCAUAUUCAUGGCCUUGUGCCCAAAUGGAUGUGGAACACAAGUAAAGAAAAUCUGGGCUUUGUGAAUUUUUCUCACAACUUCCUGACUGGCUUUGACCAAAUGCAUGAUGUUUUUCCAUGGCCUCGUUUAGGCAUCCUUGACCUUAAGUCGAACUUGCUGCAAGGACCACUCCCAAUUCCACCAGCCUCCACCUUGAUUUAUCUAGUCUCAAACAACAUGUUGUCUGGCAAAGUUUCAUCUUUGAUCUGCAGUCUAAAUUCACUAUAUGCCCUAGACUUGUCUCAUAACCACUUGAGUGGCACUCUUCCUCCUUGUCUGGGAAACUUCAGUAGUUUCCUAUCAAUAUUGAAUCUCCGAAGCAACAACUUCCAAGGCAUGAUUCCUCAGGUAUGCACGAAAAAGAGCAGCUUAUAG